UUUCAACCAAAAAAAAAAACAAUCACAAGUAAGUUCAUCUCAAUUUUCCUUCAAAUCUCUAUCCAUAAUUUCCAUUACAAUUCUUCGUCUCAGAAAAUAAACGAAACCUAGUUCUUAGUUUUACCUCAGAGAGUAGCAUGUAUUCGUCGAGUACUUGCUUUCAAACGGUUAUAUGUUAGCAGCAGAGUAUUUGGUACUGGGGUGGCUCGAUCUGUGUAAUAUUGUGGCACAUUUUUUUUGUAAACCAUGAACUUCCGGUUUCUUGGUGAACUCCCUUGGGUUAAACCUCAGAGUAACCCAGAUUCAGCGGCUCAAUCAGUUCAAACCAAAGCUUUUGCUUCACAAACCGAACAAAAAUCAUCUGGUGAUGAUCUCAAGUUGUUAGGAUGGCCCUUGUCAUUCCUUUCCUUCUUUCCAUGGGCAAAUAAUGCUGGAGAGAAGUUUCAAAGACCAACUACUAUCAAUAAAGAGUUGAAGAGACAUGCACAAAAUCGUGAAAAUGUUGUUGGAAAAGGUAAUGUGGCUACCCCGUUACGCUUUAGACCUUAUGUUUGCAAGGUUCCAUGGCAUACAGGGGUUAGAGCAUUUCUUUCUCAGUUGUUCCCUAGAUAUGGACAUUACUGUGGACCAAACUGGUCAAGUGGGAAAGAUGGUGGAUCUCUUGUUUGGGACAAGAGACCGAUUGAUUGGUUGGAUUACUGCUGUUAUUGCCAUGAUAUUGGGUAUGAUACUCAUGAUCAAGCUAAGCUUCUGAAGGCUGAUUUAGCCUUUCUUGAAUGCCUAGAGAAUCGACAUAUUAUGCGGACUAAAGGAGACCCCAACGUUGCUCUGCUUUACAAGACAAUGUGCAUUAAUGGUCUUAAGAAUUUUCUAAUACCUUACCGAACGAAUCUUGUUAGUCUACAACAGUCAGGACAAUCUUUGAUUCAAUUUGGAUGGCUAAGCAAUUUGAGACGAAGAAGUUGGAACUAUCAGAAGACAUAAAAGUUUAGUUAAUGGGAAUGUAAGAGUUACAAAUUGUAAAUUGCAUCUAAAUUUGAAAGUAUUUCGCCUUGUCAAACUUAA